AUGUUCUCCUUCGUCUUCCAAAACAACAACUUCAAUAUCUGGUUUCUCUUGGUUAUAAUCUUUAUUCCCCACCUACUAAAUUUGCCCAAGUUGGAAUCCAUAUUCACAGACAUGCAAGCCAAUGAGCCUACAGACUUCCACUACUUGGUUCCUACAAACCCUAAUCCUAACACACCACAUUUAGCCAUGAAUCUAAGCAAUUCACCAACAAUCCCGUUUGACGUCAACACACUGACAAACCCUCUUUACCACCUUCAUAUGAAUCCACGCGUUCAAGAUUUGAAUAUGCAAUCUAUGUAUUUUGGAAGCAACUCAACAUCCGAUGAAGCAGAUGAGCAACAACUAAGUCUCAUCAAUGAGAGGAAGCAGAGAAGGAUGAUAUCUAAUCGAGAGUCAGCACGUAGGUCACGCAUGCGGAAACAGAAGCACCUCGAUGAACUUUGGUCACAGGUUAUGUGGCUUCGUAAUGAAAACCAUCAACUUAUUGACAAACUUAAUAGUUUCACUGAGACUCAUGAAAAAGUUGUUCAAGAGAAUACUCAACUUAAGGAUGAAGUUUCUGGUUUACGUCAAAUGGUUACUGAUAUGCAGCUUAAUGGGACCUAUUCUGCUUUAAGAGAUCUAGAUGAGAUCCACUGUAACGAUGCUUACCUAAGAGCAGAAUCUUCAAACCAGUCUGGGUCAAGCUCAUCGGAUUUUCUUUAA